AUGGAUGAUGAACAGCUCCACUUUUUAUCUGGGAUAAUGACACCUACUCUGAAAGGCACCAUUAGGGAGUCACAUGCUCUCCCAACUGCCCUUGCAAGCAACAAAGUGCAGAUGGAUGAACAUGCUGCCAUCAUGGAGUCCAAAAUCAGUCAAAUAAAGGACAUCUUUCCUGAUUAUGGUAAAGGGUUCCUAGCUGCCUGUCUUGAAGCUUAUAACCAUAAUCCAGAGGAGGUCAUUCAAAGGAUACUAGAGGGGACCCUCCAUGAAGAUCUACAGAGUUUGGAUACUUCAUCAGAGACAAUGUCACUGCCCAAAACUGCUUCAACUGUGAGCAGGAAAGAUAAAGGAAAGGGGAAGUUGGUUGAAUCUACACUUCCUUCGACAACAUCACUACACUCUGCUAAUCCAGUGGUCCCUGGGGAACAGCGACAAAUUGACGGUCCCUCUGUUUCAUCAUCAUCUGCAGUAGGAAGAUUUGUCAGAAAGCCUAACGACAUGCCUGAUCACUAUACUGCCGAUACCAGAGAUCACAAGGAUACAGCAAGGAUGGCUGCUCUAAUUUCACAGUAUGAGUAUGAAGAUGAGUAUGACGACUCCUUUGAUGAUCUGGGUUUGAGUGUUGCUGAGUCCAGGUUGGAGGAGAAUGAAUUAUUAGGUGACAGAAUAAACUCUAAUUCAGGGAUAUCUUCAGGGACUGAAACUGAAACGUCUGUUCAAACCACUCCUAAUACUAAAUGGGGCUCCAGGAAAAAGCCGCAAUAUUAUGUAAAGGAUGGAAAGAACUAUAGUUACAAGGUUGCAGGUUCGGUUGGGGUGGCAAAUGCCAAUGAAGCUUCUGUUAUUAAUCAAGCGCAGGCAGAUCUAAUUUAUGGUCUUGGACGUGGUGGUAAUGUUCCCCUAGGUGCAGCUAAGAAGUUGGCUGAGUAUCAUGAGCAGGAUCGGGACCAGUCUGAUGAACCUGAGACAGAAGGAAGAGGGAAUACAGGGAAUUCCAGAGGUCGGGCCAGGGGCAGGGGAAGUAACAGAGGAGGAAGGCUGAAGGAAUCGAAUGAGAACCAAGACAACAAGUCUGAUGGCUCUGAGAUUCAAGGGAGAGAAAAUGCUCCAAACCCUAGAGGUAGAGGGUGGGGAAGAGGAAGUAAUCAUCACAACAGGAAGAAUAGAGCCAUAAAUAAGCACUUCUCUGGAUUGUCUGGUUUCUAG